AUGGGUGAUUUCAACCAACAUUGUGUAGAAACUGCUGCCAUGAUCGGAAAGCACUUCAAAGCGGAUCUGCAAGAUCUCGUAACCGGUGUUCAUAUGUACAACCACAUCAGUAUGCCCACUCGGUUGAGGACAGGUAACAGGCUAUCUGGGAUGGAUUUUGUGCUUACCAACGAGGAGCAUAUGAUUGAUAUGUUGGCUGUAGACGGCCAGUUGGGUCGCAGUGAUCACGCAGUCAACAGUGUCAACUUCGUCCGCUAU